CUUCAGAUGCAAACUCAAAUUACUGGUUGUAGCUCAGAACAGAGCAGAGAAGUAAUCUCAGGUUGAAAACAAAAUGGAGUCAUUAGCCAGAGCACUCUUUCUUGCACUGCUGCUCUGCUCCAAUGCCCAAAGCCAAAUGAAUGUAACAUCUGCAGACUGUGCUGCUGUGGAAACGGAUGCAGGAGUGGCCCUGGACUUGAUCAAUAAGCACCGCACGGACGGCUAUCUUUUUAGUCUGUUUCGGGUGGCUGAUGCCCAUGAGCAACAUACCGGGAAUUCGUCAUUCCUGUACUUAACUUUGGAUGUACUGGAAACUAUGUGCUCUGUUUUAUCUGGGAAACACUGGGAAUCUUGUACAUUUCCCAAUCUCUAUUCAUUGGUCUUUGGGCAAUGUAAAGUUAUCAUGUAUACAAACAAAGAGUUCAAGAAAAAUUGGCUCUAUGGGUACAACUGCACUACGAGUUCAGUUCCUUACAAGUUAACCGAGUGCAAACACUGCUCGGUACGAGUUGAAUUCUUAGAAGACGUUGAGGCAUACAGAGGGGAAGCUGAGCGAGCCUUGGUGAAAUACAAUGAUGAGAGUAACCACACUAAGUACUUCAAGGUGGAUAAAGUGGAAAAAGCAAUAAGACUGACUGCAGAUCGUCAAGAACAUAGCAUCGAAUUCAGCAUAAAAGAGACCAGAUGUUCCAAGUCCACAUCCCAUGUGAAUGUAUCUGAAUGUGAUUUUCUAGAUGACGCACAUGUUCAUGUGGGAUUCUGUCAAGCAAGCCUGUUGGUCACCACAGAAGGUCUUGAUGCCAUCGAUAUAUCCUGUGAAAUCUAUGACACCCUGCCUGGCAGACACCUCUUCCUCCACCACCACUGCCACUUCUACAGGCCUGGAUGCAGACAUCCCCCUGCAGGUCCAUCACAGAGACGUCAUCAUAAACACCAUCAUUCUGGCCAUGGACAUCAUCACAGACAAGUACACCAACCUAGAUGCCCGCCACCUCCAGGUGGUAGUCAGAUUCACUCAGAAGGACCUGAGCUUCACCACAAUUCCUCUGAAGAAGGACCUGGAUGCAGACAUCCCCCUGCAGGUCCAUCACAGAGACGUCAUCAUAAACACCAUCAUUCUGGCCAUGGACAUCAUCACAGACAUGUAUGCCGACCUAGAUCCCCACCACCUCCAGAUGGUAGUCAGAUCCACUCAGAAGGACCUGAGCUUCAUCACAAUUCCCCUGAAGAAGAAGGGCAUCACCAACACAGCUCCAGAGGACUACCUCCUCCACUACCUUCCCAUGGACCACAUGCACUUCCACCAGCUCCAGGUGAAGUGACUCCCCCUCCUGUAGGUCCCUAUUUUCCUCCUCCACCACAUGACACAUCACUUCAUCUGCCCCUGGAGGUCCCUCCUCAUGCCAAGGAGAGGCACUCAAAAGAACAUGUUUUCUCCCCCAUACCAGGAUCUGUCCAUCGCAUUCCAGUCUUAAAUGAGCAAGAUUCCCUCCUGCCUCCCAUCAUAAACUUUCCUGAGCAUUCAACAAGGCCCCAUGAUCCAUUAGGCAGAGACCAGGAGUCCUCCUUGCUUGACAGAAGUCCAAAUAAGAAGCCAUCUCCUCUAGAUUUUCCACUGCACCUUUCACAAUCAGCAUCUUGCCCAGGAAAACCCAAGUAUGAUAAACCCCUGCUUUUGUCUUUAUUUCCGCCUCGACUUUCCAAGUAAAUGGCUUUACCCUUAACUGACAGGAUUAUUCUGAUCCCUUAGUUGCUGUAAACUGACAUAGCCCUAAUGAGAUGCUGUACUUUUUUUCUGUCUACAAAUAGGUGGCUUAGGGUGCCCACAUUUCCAAGUCUCAAAAUGGAACAACCUGAAAAGUGUUGGGGAGCAGGAGGGGAUUACCUAAGUGCUUCCUUUUCAAAGGUCCUCCUGAAGCAUUAUGCCCCCUUUCCUCCCCUCUCUAGCAUACCCAGCUGACUCCAGGCUCCUUUCUCAGUGGUACACAGUGGAGCAUGAGAGGGCAGAAGCAUUUUGAAGUGAUCCAAAUGAGGGCACAGGGCAGGGGAACAGCUGCACAUCUGAAUAGGUGCUUCUACACGUUAUUAAUGUGAAGCAACUUGCGCUGGAGUUUAUU